AUGGACGUCGAUCCCCCCUGCUACAACAGACACGUUGCAGGAGGCCUCUACGAUGAAGUGGUGAAGCAACUCAUGGCACUGCCCAAGGGCGUAUCUUUAGGAGAUGCCACGUAUAAGAACGACUUUGUUCGAGACAUGAAGGUGCACACUGGGAAUUUUGGUUACAGGUGCAAAGAAAACGGAGCGGAAUAUGAGACAGUUCUGGUUGGAGAGGUAAUGCCUCGUGCAUACGGUACGAAAUUAAAUGCCAUGGGCAACCAUUACGUCGGGACAGCAGAUACUCCCAAUGUGAUCGAUGACAGGGCACGAGUAAAGGGUGUAUUCGCAUUAGGAAAACCGACGCAGGCGACUGAAAUGAUGUACGUCGCAUUCGAGAAUCAAAUCGCUACCUUGGACGACGUCAUCCAAAGCAACAUCAAGGAACUGAAAAGGAAGAAUAAGGAUAUGAAUAUCAAAGAGUGGACCGCAAACGCAGGUACCGAAACAUCAAGCGCGCCAGAGUUUAUCAUGAUCAGCACAGAGCAAUUGUAUGCGGUACCCAAGAGCACACAACAAGCUAUGCAGGGCAAGCGUGCGAGGAUCACGAAGAGGGCGCUCAAUAGCGGAGGUGAUAGUGCAGAUGGAAAAGCGACUGGAAGUUCAUCCUCUACAGAUGCUGGAUUAAAGGACAAUGCAAAAGAAGACAGCAUCACAACCAACGAUUUCUAUGAACCAACAGCCCUGCCAGAUUAUGGAGGCGAAUUAUUCCAGCAUGUGAAUGCCAAGCUUCAGCAGCUUGACAUACGAAAUGUGGAGAACAAGCUUAUCCCGCCCCAGAAUUGGUAUGGGGAACUCAAACGAGGGACUUUGGUGAUGAUCAGGGCCACAUUGCACGCAUUCAACUGGAAAGAACGACGGGUCUAUCAGCUCAACGCACACACUAUCCGUAUUUUGGACGAGUCAAAGCUCGAAAUGGAACCGUUGGGCACCCAGCCAAGCAGAGGUGACUUGGGGGUGUCGCAGUCAGUGUCGCGUGCAUCAAAUGCGAUGGCAGGUGUCCAGCUGGGAAAGAGAGUGAGGGAGGAAGACAGCGAGGAGUAA